AGAGACGCCAUCAUGCCGGACAGAUCACAGAGAACAGGCGAAAGAACUGACAGAAAAAGGAUUUAUUCUACAGUUGUGGUGUCUAAAUCCUUUCAAAAAGCUCGAGAUAAAAGGGACUCUUCUAAAGAGAGGAGGGAAAGGCGUUAUAGGCAGAGAUCCCCAGAUGAUGUCCGUGAAUCUGACAGACCUGAGCAAAAAUUGCACAUGGACCGUGAUGAGAUUAGCAGGGAACGUCGAAGACAACGAUUAAGUGAAAGGCUAGGUCAUCGAGGCAGAAGGAGUGAUGACCAUGAGGAAAAUGAUCGCAAAGACAAUAACACCAGCAGAUGGAAGGAAAGAAAUCAGCGAUAUACUCAAGGAAGUAGAGGCCCUCCUGUCACUAACCCACAGAGACGUACUGUUUUCGACCGUCUGGACCCAGGCCCACCCAGAGAUAGAGGAUUUGUUAGAAAUUUACAAGGUGGAGGGCCUAGGGACCAGAGAACAGUUGAAGUUGAAGUUAAUCCGCAGGAUGUGCCUCGAGGAAAACGUUACUUUAUGCAUGAUGACCGGGAGCUACCUCGACGACAGAAGUUAGACAGAUCAAGAGCUCGUUCAAGAAGUCCAUUGUGGGUCCAUGAUAGGUUUGAUGACAAUGAAGAAGCUCAGGAUCAGGAUCAGGAAGAGAAAGCUGCUGAAGAUGAUAGCGAAACAACAAAUAGACAGGACAGAGAAAUAAUUCAGAGCCAAAAAUGAGACAGAGACAGGCAGCGGGAAGACACGCGUCACAACUAAUUCUGUAAACUUCGUUUGUAAAAAAAAAAUUUCACUGUUUUUUUUUUUUUUAUCUCCAUAUACAGUUCCAGUGUAUGAUUGUGAAUGUCGGGUUCUUCUACUUGGUAUAAAUUCAGGCUAAUUUCAUUUAAGUAUUUAUACAGUAUCUCCCAUCAAAAUAUUUGUGAAGUCUUACUCAGCCCUUGCUGACAAGUCUGAGUUUAACAGUACAUGCAUGUAGGUUAACAAAGUAGUAGGAAAACAGUCAGUGAAAUUUGUAGCCCUUUUUUAAAAAAAUUGCUACACAGUGCUUAGAACUUCACACGUCAAGAAAUAUCAUGUAACUUAUGGUUGCUAGUAAAGCAAAAGAGUAAGUGUAAGAAAAGCUGAGGAAGGAGUAUGAGUUUGGGGAAAAAAAUAUACUGUUACUUGAGCAGUUUACAUAGCUGUGAACUGGCAAAAUAUGCCUUGAACUAGGAAGUGAAAGCCACGUGGUUUGUCCAAUGUACGUAAAUGCCAAUAAAUUUUUAUCAUAAUAUGCUUACCAAAUGUUCUUUUAAGAGUUGAUUUGUAGGUUGAUUUACUGCCAUUUUAUUGUGAACCUUUUGUUAAAGUAAAUAAAGAAACUUGCUCCAAUAAUGGUCUAAAGGUCUAAACAUCAGCUGGCUUGAAUGGUGGUCUAGUGAUGAAGUUCAUAAUAAACAAACUUAUUACAGAGGAACCCUGUUAAUAUCCGGCCACCAAUGGGCCACAAAAAUCUGGCUGUAUUAACGGGGUGGCCUCAGUAAAGGGGUUCUAUAAAUAAGAACAUGACUGACUGAGCUUUUCUUUGGGCCAGAAUAAAGUGGUCAUAAUAACGAGGUGUUAAUUUAGUGGAUAAAUUCACUAAUGUACCCUAAAUCAAAGAAUAAACGCUGGGCUUUUUUUCAAAAGAA